GCACCUCCUCCUGUUCAGCACCCAAAGUCGAAGGAUAGCUCUGGCCUUUCAAUGGAGGAAAGUGCGAGAUUUGUCCGUGUUAUCUAAUAUAACAUUUCUCUGUGCCCAUAUUUGUUUUGGAGCGAUCGGAAUAGUUUAUGCUGAGGUGAAUGACAAAAGUGGUGUCAAAAAUGCGUAAGAAUCAAUGCUAUCCAAGCAGGGAACCACCGAGAAAGGAAUUAUCGCCGCUCAUCUGAGGCCAAUCUCGAUUAUUUUUUUGUCAAAUAAGGAAACAUAACAAGGUAGCUAGCAAGCUAACGUUAGCUUAGUGGAGAGCUAGAUUGUAUAAUCUCCCAGCAUCCGAAUACAGCCCAAGGACCGAGAUUGGAUCCACGCCGUGAAAAACCAACCAACAGGAAAACCUGUAAGCAGCCAUGGGUGCGUUCCUAGACAAGCCGAAGACGGAGAAGCAUAGUGCCCACGGCGAGGGCAACGACUUACGCUACGGCCUGAGCUCCAUGCAGGGCUGGCGGGUCGAGAUGGAGGACGCCCACACGGCCGUGGUGGGCCUGCCGCACGGACUCACCGACUGGUCCUUCUUCGCCGUGUACGACGGGCACGCCGGCUCCCGCGUGGCCAACUACUGCUCGGGCCACCUGCUGGAGCACAUCCUCUCGGGCGGCGGCGGCGCCGACUUCGGCUCGGGCAGCGCGGCGGCGGUGGAGGGCGUGAAGGACGGCAUCCGCUCGGGCUUCCUGAAGAUCGACGAGUACAUGCGCAGCUUCUCGGACCUGCGGCAGGGCCUGGACCGCAGCGGGUCCACGGCGGUGGGCGUGCUGCUCAGCCCCACGCACCUCUACUUCAUCAACUGCGGCGACUCGCGCGCCGUGCUGUGCCGCGGCGGCCGGGUGGGCUUCUCCACGCAAGACCACAAGCCGUGCAACCCGCGCGAGAAGGAGCGCAUCCAGAACGCCGGCGGCUCGGUCAUGAUCCAGCGGGUGAACGGCUCGCUGGCGGUGUCGCGGGCGCUGGGCGACUACGACUACAAGUGCGUGGACGGCAAGGGGCCAACGGAGCAGCUGGUCAGCCCCGAGCCGGAGGUGUGCGUGAUGGAGCGGGCGGCGGAGGGCGACGAGUUUGUGGUGCUGGCGUGCGACGGCAUCUGGGACGUCAUGACCAACGAGGAGCUGUGCGAGUUUGUGCGCUCGCGGCUACAGGUGUGCGAGGACCUGGAGAAGGUCUGCAACGCCGUGGUGGACACCUGCCUGCACAAGGGGAGCAGGGACAACAUGAGCGUGGUGCUGGUGAGCCUACCGGGCGCGCCCAAGGUGACCGAAGAGGCCCUGAAAAAGGAGGAGGACCUCGACAAGUACUUGGAGUCGCGGGUUGAGGAGCUGCUGGGACGCUUCGGGGACGAGGGGGUCCCCGACCUGGUGUCUGUACUGCGGAGCAUCGCCACGGAGACCGUGCCCAACCUCCCACCUGGUGGAGGCCUGGCCAGCAAACGGAGUGUAAUCGAGGCCAUGUACAACAGGCUGAACCCACACAGGGAAGAGGAAGGGGCCUCUGCGGGCCGAGGCAGUGCUGGAGAGGAGGAGUUGGAGGAAGAGGAGGAGAGUGCGGAGGGUGGAGGAAGAGGAGGAGGAGGAGGAGGAGGCGGCGGUGGCGCUGGAGGUGGCACGGCGGCCCACCUGCUGGAGGCCCUGCGGCAGUUCCGCCUGCACCACCGGGGGCAGUACCGCGCCGUGCUCGAGGAGUCCCUGUCCUCCUACCUCGUGCAGGGAGAAGACUCUGGCUCGGGCCCCGGGGCCCCCAAGGAGGGACAGUCUUUGGACGCAGCACGUCAGCGAGACCCGGCUGCCUCCCCUCCCUCGCUCCCCUCGCCCCCGCCCUCCCCCGCCGAGCCCGAGGCCGGCCCGGACGCCACCGGCCCACCAUGCUUUCCCUCUGUCUGACCCCCCCCUCUCCGCUCGCCCUGCCGCCACCGCUCCUUCCUGCUCUUGUACAACCCUGUGCCACCCACCCCCCCCCCCGUACCCUGUCACGACGACCUCCAGACCACGGGGCCACACUGCCCUCUCCUCUUCCUCCUCCUCCUCCUCCUCUUCCUCCUGCCAUCCUUAGCGUGGCUGACUCCCCUCCGGGCAGAACCAAAGCCGGUCCGUCGUCCUCUGGCGCGUCCCCCCCCCCUCCGCCAGGCUUUGAAUCACCUCUAGCCCUCUACCGCUUCAAUAUACUAACCGCCACCGCUCAAAACCCUGCCCAAUCCUGCCUUCCUCCCCACGAACCGCACCACCACCACCACCACCACCACAGAACAGCAGCAGCAGCCGUAUCAGACAGUAGGGCCCAGACGGUGGCGGGGAGGGGGGGGGAGAAAGAGACUCAGCCUUCAGUUCGCCGCUGUGCUGCUGUCAGACGUCCUCCCAAGCAUGGGCUUAAAUGUGCGCCUGUGUACGUCUGUGGCUGUCUGCGUGGAGAGCGGUGUGGGGGAGAAGGGAGUGGGGGGGGGGGGGAGAGACGGACAGACAGUGUGGGAACUUCUGGUAGCAAAUGCGCAAAAACCAACCAAACCAUGUGAUUUGUAUUUUCUAGUCCAGGCUACGUCGAGGACUGUACUUUCACAUCAUCCACUCCCCACCUCUAUAGUGUUCCCCCGCAUAUAAUUAUAUCUCCCACAUCUCUUCCUGAACUCCCCCCCCCCCCUCCCCCUAGCCUUUAUACGAACCCUUUCACAAUACUACAGGAUAUUUUAAACCAGACGGAAUACCUCUUCUUAGGAGUCUUGUUAGUGCUUUCUUUCUUGAUCUUCGAUUUCUUUUCUUUUUUUAAAACAAAGGCUCACAUGUUACCGGUCAGCUGGGGUCUGCUUACUAGUGUCAUAUAGAUUGUAUAAUGCACUAAUACUGACAACACGAACCACGACGAUGCACAAAUGAUGAAUCGCUGUACCAGCCGUGGAGAAAAAGCUCCUGAAGUCAGAAUUUGAGUUCAGACAGACUUCAGACAAGAAAAUGUAAAAAAAAAAGAAAUUGUAAUGGUAGGGAGGAUGGUUGUGGAGUAUGGCCUCUAUUAAUGCCCCCUACCUGCUAGAAUUGGAAAUGCAUACACUUGCAAUUACUUCUAAUCGAUCUAAAGCUUCACUGUACGUGGACCACUAUACGAAUAAAAGCUCUUCGUACGUGUGUCUGUCUGAUUGUAAAUGUUUGUGUGCUGUUGUUCUGGGGCCAAGAGCCAAAAGAGAUCAGUUUCCUCCCACGUAAAAGCGAGCUAACAAAUGAAUACGAUUUUUUGGACGAAACAAAUAAUGUAAUAAAAGAACCAUUGUUUCACGA